AUGAAGCCGGGAGCUGCUGGUGGGUGAGAGACCCCCCCAAGCUCUGCAUGGAUGGGAAUGGGGAGAGCUGCCCACAGUAGGAGCCCAGGGCAGCUGGAAAACCCCGGCUUCUUCCUCCGAGCAUUCCUGCUCCUCUUCCUCUGCAGGCAUGUCUCUUCCCAGUGCAAGAUCCUCCGCUGCAACUCGGAGUACGUGGCGGCCACGCUGCACCUGCGCGGGCCCGAGCGCGGCGCCGCCUUCUGCACCGCGCUGCGCUCCUACUCGCUGUGCACCCGCCGCACCGCCCGCACCUGCCGCGGCGACCUGGCCUUCCACUCUGCCGUGCACGGCAUCGAGGACCUCAUGAUCCAGAACAACUGCUCCAAGGAAGGCCCCACGGCCCCGCCGCGGCCCCGGCCCGCGGCGCCCAACGCCGCGCAUGGCUUCGAGUCGCUUGACAUCUGCGAUUACGAGAGGAGUUUCCUCUACAAGCACGGCCGGCCCCCCGGCUUCCAGCACUGCGCUGCUUUUGGGGACCCCCACAUCCGAACCUUUCGUGACGAUUUCCACACGUGCCGGGUGGAGGGCUCCUGGCCGCUCUUGGACAAUGAUUAUCUGUUUGUGCAAGCCACCAGUUCGCCGGUGGCCAAGGGGUCCAACGCGACGGUCACCAGCAAGCUCACCAUCAUCUUCAAAAACAUGAAGGAAUGCAUCGACCAGAAGGUCUACCAGGCCGAGCUGGACAAUCUCCCCGCGGCCUUCCAGGACGGCUCCACCGACGGCGGCGCGCGUCCCGGCGGGAGCAGUUUGUCCAUCCGCGAGCGCAGCCCCGGCCGGCACGUGGAGAUCCGCGCCGGCUACAUCGGCACCACCAUCGCCGUGCGCCAGGCCGGCCGCCAGCUCUCCUUCUCCAUCCGCGCCGCCGAGGAGGUGGCCGGGGCCUUCACGGAGGAGCAGGACCUGCAGCUCUGCGUGGGCGGCUGUCCCCACAGCCAGCGCAUGUCCCGCAGCCCCCGCGGGCGCGGCCGCGUCCCCGCGGAGACGGCGCGGGCGCUGUGCCGGGAGAUGCUGCCCGUGGAGGAUGUCUACUUCCAGUCGUGCGUCUUCGAUGUGGUCACCUCUGGGGACGCCAACUUCACCAUGGCGGCGCACGGGGCGCUGGAGGACGCCCGGCUCUUCCUGCCCGAUGCUGAGAAGCUCCACAUCUUCCAGGCUGGGGGAGGCUGCCAGCUCAGCUCUCCAUCGUUUCUCCUCCUCCUCUUCCUCCUCCCGUGUGGACUUUGGGCUGUUUUGUUGCACUUUUAA